AUGGGCUACGUUGCGCCUUCAAUGACGCCGACGUCAGGCUCGCCUUCCUUCCGCGUCUACGAGGUUGAUCCCGUCACGUUCGGGAUUAUGCAUUUCACACAGUACAUCGCGAACAUCAGCGACGCCUCGUAUCAAAUCGAACCCAAAUGGGAGCCCUACUACUCCGCCAAAAAGGCUUAUGGGUCCAAGUUAUCAACCCCCGUCCAAGACCCCAGCGCCGAAAUUACGCCAGCCUCCUGA